AUGGACUGUACUCAUCUGUUUCCUUCCCACUCGUCUUUCAGAGUGGUGCUCGUUUAUCAACGGCGGAAGGAAGAAAAGCGAGUGAGCGCGAUCUGCACUCGAACUCAGGACCUCCCGGUUCUGAGUCCGACGGUCUACCGACUGAGUAACCCUGGUUUGAAGCAGCGAAUCAUAAAUUUCUUGCUCAAGAACAUUCUUGGAAAAGACAAAAAUGACCGCACUCGGCACAUCGAGAACUUGAGUUCGAAGCCGACCUCAGACUGUGCCACGGUACGCUGCAGCACUUGA